CUUGGCGCUUUCAUAUACAAAGAAUCGCACCAAAAACUCCUAUUCUCCCUCUUCGUUUCUUCUUAAAUCUGAACUCCAAUCAACAAUGUCAUCAAUUUCUGUUCAAUUUGUUAGCAAAGAAAGUCAAUUUUCUUCAUUCUUAUUAAGAUUUCAAUGGCAUCUCCCAACGUCGAUGCUGUGUACCUGAAGGAAAUCGAGAAGGCCCGUCGAGACCUCCGUGCUUUAAUCUUCAAAGAGAAAUGCGCUCCCAUUAUGCUCCGUUUAGCGUGGCAUGAUGCUGGUAGCUAUGACGCUAAAACGAAAACCGGAGGUCCCAAUGGCUCCAUCAGGUUCAUGAAUGAAUUGAACCAUACUGCAAAUAAAGGACUCAAAAUCGCAGUUGAUUUCUGUGAAACUGUGAAGACCAGACAUCCAAAAAUCACAUAUGCAGAUCUGUACCAGCUUGCUGGAGUUGUUGCUGUGGAGAUUACUGGCGGGCCACCCAUUGACUUUGUCCCCGGAAGAAAGGACGCAAAUGCAGCUAUAGAAGAAGGCCGCCUUCCAGAUGGCCACAAAGGUGCUUCCCAUUUAAGAGAUGUAUUUUACAGGAUGGGACUAACUGACAAGGAUAUUGUGGCAUUAUCUGGCGGACACACAUUGGGAAGAGCUCACAAGGACAGAUCAGAUUUUGAAGGCCCAUGGACAAAGGACUUUCUGAAGUUUGAUAACUCCUACUUUGUGGAAUUGCUGAAAAAUGACUCUCGAUCUGGGGAUCAACUGUUGAAGCUUCCUACAGACAAGGCCUUGGUCACAGAUUCUCAGUUUUCCCAAUAUGUGAGGGAAUACGCAAAGGAUGAAGACAAGUUUUUCACGGAUUAUGCAGCAUCUCACAAGAAACUGUCUGAGCUUGGCUUCACUAAACCUUCCACAGUUCUCAAUGGCAAAGGCUGUGCUUGGAAAAACGGAAUUGUGGUAGCUGUGAUCAUAGCAGUUGUGGGGAUAAUACUGAGUUACAAUAGAGGCAUUUUGCCUCAGGGGGGGAAUGCCUUUCAACUAAAUCUAUUCUGAUUAUACUAAAGAAAGAUAUUCUUCCAACUAUAUAUAUAUGCAUGUAUAAUUUAAUUUUCCCUUUUGUAAAUCUUUCUAUCCAAAAGGUAAAAGAAAAGUCUCAGUUUAAAAUGGUGUGGGAGUGAAAGAAUGCUUUGAACUUUUUCCAAUUCUUAUGUAAGUGAUGACUGGCAAGAGAAAAGAAUGCUCAGAAUGUUGAUUACAUCCGUGUUCGAUUCUUUCGCAUUGUGAAUAAAUUCUCCUGUUGUACCUUGUAAAAAGAAGUGUAGUUGGUUGAUGAAUCAUUCUCUCUGAUGAGAAUUUAAUCA